GCACAUGCACGGCUCCGGGAGCGCGCAGCUCAGUGAUCGGCUGUGAUCUGUGUCCCUCGGUCAUGUGAUCAGCUGUGUCCAAUCACAGCUGAUCUCAUGGGACAUGUACACUGAUCAUCAGGGCACUGAUGAUCAGUGUGCCCUGAUGAUCAGUGUAGCCCCAGCAGUGCCACCUGUCAGUGUCCAUCAACGCCAGUUGUCAGUGCUCAUUAGUGCCACCUGCCAGUGCCCAUCAGUGCCACAUCAAUGCCACAUAUCAGUGCCUACCAGUGCACAUCAAUGCCACAUAUCAGUGCUCAUCUGAGCUGCCUUUCAAUGUCACCUAUCAGUGCCAAUCAGUGCCACCUAUCAAUGCCAGUCAGUGCCACCUAUCAGUGCUGCCAGUCAGUGCCACCUAUCAGUGCC